CCAGCCUCUCUGUGCUCAGCUACUGGCGGCACUCCACCCAUCCGCAUUGAGUCUUCCUCCUCCCAUGUGGCCGAGGGACAAACCCUGGAUCUAAACUGUGUGGUGCCUGGACAGGCCCAAGUGACAUGGCGCAAGCGUGGAGGCAGCCUUCCUACCCGACACCAGACCCACGGCCCCCUGCUGAGACUACACCAAGUAUCCCCUGCUGACUCGGGCGAGUACGUGUGCCAUGUGGUCCUUGGCUCUGAACACAUAGAGACCUCUGUCCUGGUCACCAUUGAACCUUCUGGCUCCAUCCCUGCCCCAGGACCCAUCCCACCUGUCAGAAUUGAGUCUUCAUCCUCCACGGUGGCUGAAGGGCAGACACUGGAUCUCAACUGCAUGGUGGCAGGGCAGGCCCACUCACAGGUCACAUGGUAUAAGCGUGGUGGCAGUCUUCCCGCCCGGCACCAGGUACUUGGCUCCUGGCAUCCAUCAGGGGCCAUGGGUG